AUGGAUGAUGAGAAUGAUGGCCGAGGAAUGCUCUUCUUACAUGAACGUGGGAAGAAGAAGCUUAUGGAAAGCUAUUCCCUUGAGUUUAGAGGAGAUUGCCCCCCGGCCAGUUACUGCGGGAAGAUCGUCGAAUGUUCAUGGGAUAAGGAUAAGAAAGUAUGGAUUGCCAUGCGGAUCAAACUUGAUAAAAAUACGCCAAACGACACCAGAACCGCUCUUAGAGUGAUAAAAAGCAUAAAUGACAACAUCACAGAGGAGGUUUUGCUGGACGAGAUCAAAAAAAAUUAUCCUUCUUCCAAUGUACAUUCAUAUGGACACACAAUCCGCUAA